AUGCAUCUCAGAUCGCCGUCGUAUUGCGCCAAUGGUAUUCUUACCCUCUUGGCUCUCUUGCCCGCCGUCAGCUCGUCUAUUCUAUAUUCAUCCUCGUAUGGUGGAAGCGUCUCUGCCCUCGACUUGACCCUUGCGUCAGCCUCAAAUCCCGCAAGCCUGAAGGUGGUUUCGUCGACCAGGGAAUGCUCCCCAGAUCCAGCUUGGCUGACCUUGGAUUCGGCUAAUUCGAGGCUCUACUGUGUUGGUGAGGGGCUGAACACGAGAAAUGGAUCGUUGAGUGCCUUUGCGACUUCACCUGAUGGCUCUCUGUCCUUGAUUAAAAAGGUCGACACGAUUGGGGGUCCCGUGAGCUCGGUUAUCUACGGCAAAGGUGGUGAAGGAAUUGCUGCUGCUCAUUAUACUGGCUCAUCAUUGACCACCUAUGCAGUCUCCGACCUGGGGCUGCUCCAGUCAAAGACCUGGAGUGAACCUCUUGGUCCUAACACGACCAGGCAGGACGCUCCGCAUCCUCAUGAGGCAACACUCGACCCGACCGGUCGUUUUGUUGUCGUCCCGGAUCUUGGUUCAGACCGUGUGCGCAUCCUGGCCGUUGAUGGAGCAGGAGGUUUAGGUCUGACUGAGUUGGAGCCACUUGUCGCCAGGCCUGGCAGCGGGCCGAGGCAUCUUGAGUUCCUCAAGCUUGACGGGAAGACCUUGAUGUACCUGGUCGCUGAACUGGACAACACUGUGACGGUUUACGAGGUUGGCUACAGUGACGACGGCAAGUCCAUAUCUUUCCGUGAAAUGAUGGUUACGGGGACUCAUGGAGACAUCGCCACACCCAACGCGUCCGCUGCCGAGAUUCAUCUGUCCCCGGACAACCGCUUCCUUCUCGUGUCGUCUCGCUUCGACAAGGCCUUUAACAUUCCCAACUUCGAUACUGCGGACGGUACCCUUGUCCCGUCUGACACGAUCACCAGUUUCUCCAUCGACCAAAAGACGGGCGCUAUCUCGGCGAUUCAGAGGUUCCCAGCCGGUGGCGACAACCCCAGGCAUUUCUCGUUGAAUAAGGACGGAAGUCUCGUCGCGUCUGGUCUCCAGGGAGAUGGACGUAUCGUCAUCAUAUCCCGCGACGUAGAGUCUGGUCUCUUGAAGGAGUUUGUUGCCAACGCCAAGGUUGAAGUAGGCGUCAACUGUGUCCUCUUUGCGUGA